AUGGGUUUUGGCCUCCAUGAACUCAUCAACGUCAAGCCGACGGACAAGUGCCCGCUCUGCAGCAGCAAGACACCUCAGCCGCGACUAACCCGCGAGCACCUGCUGACCUGCCGUCCCAUCAAGCGACACAACGCCCUUCGCGACGAGAUGGGCCGCCUGCUCAGGUACGCCACCCUCUCCCAUGUCUGGGUGGAAAAGUCUGGCUACAACGCCAACGGUCAGAGCUGCCGCAUCGACCUGCACUGCCGCAACCCCUUUCCCGGCGGUGCUCUGGGCCCAGCUCUGCCCGACCUGGGCAUUGACGUGACUGUGCGCACAGCCCAACCCCCGACCACCUCGCAAGCCUGCAUCAAGGUGGGCGCUGCCCUUCGCCGAGCCGAAAAGGAGAAGCGCGACUACUACACCGGUUUCAACCAUGGAAAAACUCUGAUCGUCCCUGCGGCGAUGACGACAACCGGUGGGUUCGCCUCCUCCUUUGUGGAUCUGCUUGGUCAGCUCGCCCGCUGCGCCGAGGCCCGUGGUGUGUACCAGCCGGGGCUGGAUGAGGCGUUUGUUCCUCGAUGGAAGGGUCGCUUUGCGGCGCUGGUCCAUCAGAUGAACGCUGACCACAUCCAGCGCCACUUUGGCGGUGUCUGCCUGCGCUCGUCGUAG